ACUCCCACCACUCUCUACCUGAGCCUUCUCCUCCUCUUUCUGUUGUGCCACUCCCCUGUUCUCUCCUGUCAGACUGGGACCCGGAGCCAGUGUAUGUCUGCCCCCUUUGUGCCUGGCUACAACCUGGCAGGGGAGGGCUUUGAUGUUCUUACACUUAAGCGAAAAGGAGCUUAUGUGAUUGAUGUGAAGACCUACCUCAAUUCGAGUGACACCUGUAAACUCUGCCUCAAUCCUCAUCAAGGCUACAAACUGCAGAAACUACCAGUCUCUGCUUUGGACUGGCGUGCGUUCAGCCGCUGCAGUUUUCAUCUCGAGGACAGUGAACACACCUCUAUCAGCUCACUGGUCGCAGCAUACACCAACCAGAACAGCAUCGACUGGAAGGUUGGACUGGAUUUAAGGAAGUUCAGCAACUUGGAGAUUGGAGGAACCAAAUCUAAGGCAUACACCUUUGCUACAGCCCAAAGCAGAGAGGACCGCUACACCUUCAGCACACAUAAAGUCACCUGUAAACAUUACAGUUACCGUGUGUCCAACAGCCCUCCUCUCAGUGCUGAGUUCAGUAGAGAUUUGGCCAGACUGCCAGCUACCUGCAGCUAUGCAACCAGAGCCCAGUACAGACGCCUCAUAGACACAUACGGACACACUAUAUUCACCAGCAGCAGGGGUCCCGACCUGGAUUCCAAGUGUUGUCCUAAAGAGACUCAGAGGGGAACAGUGACGAUAACCAUGAUCCAAGCCUUUGGUCUGAAAGGAGAUUUUUGGGGCAAGACUGAGGGAUAUGUGAAGAUC